UUCGAUAACAGGUUUUUCUAGUAUUUCGUUCAACUCUGGUGCUUUGGUGCUGUCCUUUCUUUUAUUCUUUACUACUCCCACUACAGUCUCUCCUUCUAUAAAAAUGCAAUUAGCAAAAGCUUUAUCAGUUCUUGCUGUUUUACAGACUAUCGCUGCUAGUCCUGUACCAAGACUUAUCACCCGUGUCCAUACGGCUGAUCCAACUACUACUACUGCUACUUAUACCACUGGUACCACUACAGUGCAUUUACCUCCGGUAGAGGUCCUCGUUUCUAAAGGUAAAACUUAUACUUUUACUUUGAGCGAUCAAGCCACUGCAACAGAGCCUACAACCACCACCAGUACUGCUGAUGAUGAAGCAACUGGCUCUCCUGAUACCCCAGAAAACACCCAAGCCGAUAACCAAGCUACUCAAGCUGAAACUACUGCUCAAGCUACCCAAGAAACUACCGGUAAUGCUCCUGCUGAUACCCAAGCCGAAACAACUGCUAACGAAACUACUUCAGCUGAUACUGCCGAAACCACUCAAGCUGAUACUGCCGAAGCCACUCAAGAUACUGCUGAAUCCACUCAAGAUAAUGCUGAAACCACUCCUGCUGAAACCACUCCUGCUGAAACCACUCCUGCUGAAACCACUCCUGCUGAAACCACUCCUGCUGAAACUACUGAUACUCAAGCUGAAACCACUGCUGAAACUACUGAUACUCAAGCUGAAACCACUGCCGAAACUGCCGAGACUUCUCAAGAAACUACUGCUGCUGAAACCAGUGUAUCUGCCUCCUCUGGUGCUAUUUCUCCACCAACUGCUAUUGUCUAUUCUCCAUACCAAAAUGAUGGUGGCUGCAAAGAUGAAGAUUCUAUAAAUUCCGAUUUGGAGUUAAUUCAUAGUAAAGGUAUCAAGAGAAUCAGAACCUAUGGUUGUGACUGUGGUAGUGUUUCUGUUGUUUUACCAAAAGCUAGUAAAUUAGGUAUGAAAGUGAACCAAGGCUUCUGGUUUGGUAAAGGUCAAAUUGAUGAUGUUGAUGGAGAUGUCCAAAAAAUUAUUGACUACGCUAACGAUAAUGGUUGGGAUGUUUUUGAUUUCUUCACCAUCGGAAAUGAAGCUAUCAAUGAUAAUUUUGCUUCUGUUGAUGAAUUAAGCUCCAAAAUCAGCAGCGUCAAAUCUAAAUUGAAAGAUGCUGGAUAUUCAGGUAAAGUAACCACCUCUGAGCCACCUUCAUCUUACAUAAACAAUCCAAGCUUAUGUACUAAGUCAGAUAUCGAUUUUGUUGGUCUUAAUUCCCACUCCUACUUUAACACUAAAUUUUUCGCUUAUCAAGCAGGUACUUUCGUUAAAUCUGAAAAAAAAUUAGUUGAAGGUAUCUGCGGUGGUAAAGAUGUGUUUGUCACUGAAACAGGUUAUCCUCAUGAAGGUGAUACCAAUGGUGAUAAUGUUCCAUCUACCAAAAACCAAGAGAUCGCAAUUAAAAGUAUUAUAGACCAGCUUGAUGGUGAUGUUACCAUUUUGAGUACCUUUGAUGAUCCUUGGAAGCCAGCCGGUGAAUAUAAUGUUGAAAGAUACUUUGGUUCUAUCAAAUUAUUUUCAUGAUUUGCAGCUUACUGUAUCACUUUGAAAACCACCUUUGCUUCUUUAAAAACAAUGUAUUAGUACUUUUUUAUUAAAUCAUGUUUCAUCUUUUCUCUUUACGACUUGC